UAAAAAUUUUAUUUUACAGAUUCCGCUACCGAAAAAUGACAUUUACCAGUUGCCAUGGUGAUUAUGUAACUGUAUUGAAUCUGAAAUAGAAUGAUUUGUCAAUAAAUCAUCUAUCUGCGAAAUUAAGUAAAUAAAAUGGAUAUUAUUUUAAUGCCAAAUGAAAUUGAAAUGUAUAUUGAUAGUAUGAGACCUCAAAAUAUGUUAAACCUUGGCACUGAUCAGUGGAUGGAAUGGCAUAACAGAUUACAAAAAUUACAUCAGGAAGCACUACUGGAAGCAGCAGCUUUGAGCGGGGAACACGUUAAGGAGACAUUGGUGUCAUUCGGAAAGACGAAUAUAUUAGUCCAUGAAAUUAUAUUAAUUAGCAUUUGGAAACAUAAAGUAUUGCCGCAUCUGUUAAAGUUGGUAAAAAGACCUGAAUGUACGUUUUUUGCAUAUUCAAUACUGUAUCAUGAAGGUGUGUGUGUUGCACUACUGGAAUUAGUCAUGUUUCACUCCGAUUGUUGUGAAGCCCUUGAUGAAGUGGCUGUGGAUUUAUUAGAUUAUGUAAGUGUUGCAGUCUCCAAACUCUUAAACCAGCAAACUGAAGAAUCCGCCAACCAAGAACUAAUACAACAGCGAAAUAAGAUAUCCUUCGAUAUUGGCAUUAGAUGUUUGACCAUUUUGUUCUACUUAGCAGAAAAUGUUGAUAAAUUACCCAUUACCGUAUGUUCGCGUUUAUACGCUGCAUAUGAUGUACCGGUUUUAUUGAGCGAAAUUAUUUUAAAAAGACCUUGGGUUAAAAAUGAUGGAAACAUUUAUUCAGGUGGUAAAUGGAGAAAAUGGGAUAAUGAACAAUUGCCUCAAGUUGAAGCGCAGGUAUGGUUAACUCUCCGGCAAACUUUGCUGAGUCAAGAAGGUCAUCAAUACUAUUCAAUAACUGCAAAUAGACGUUCACAACUGACGAAAAUCUUACCUAUGAUGAACCCUAUCCUUUUAGAUCAACUAUCCCCCCUAUUUGAAUUAAAGAACUGGCUGUGUCGAGUUUCAUGUUUACAAGAAUAUGCACCACCUAUUAAACCAGUAUUUGUCGAGGCAAUUCUUGAAAUUAAAGAGAAAAUCCUGCAAGAAUGCCAAAGCAAAUGGAAGAGCAUUGCAAAGAAACAGGCACUCAUAAUUUUUACAAAUAACAAGGAAAAAAUACAGCAAACAGCAAAAAUGUUAACUGAAGCAUAUAACACGGAUUUUAUGGAAAAAUUUGAAGUCAAUGAAAGUCAAACUUGUGUCCAAUGCAAUAAAACAGCAGUGCAAAGAUGUUCUCGAUGUAAGAAAUGCUGGUAUUGUUCACGCAGGUGUCAAGUGAAUCAUUGGCCACAACAUAAAGAAAAUUGUUCACAAUAAAGUACAGUUUUUGUACAUUAGUUUGUAGUU